UUUCUAAUUUAGAUCGUAAUGACUCGUUCCAUCUACCACCGAUUGACUCAGUGACGAUUUCCCGGGGAAAGUUUUGAUUUCUCACGAUAAUUUUUUGAAAAUUCCCCAGCUAUUUUCUCACCUCCAAAACCCUUAUGAAUCUCAAACGAUUCCUUUCGAUUCCAAUUCUCGGAGUGCUUCUGCUUUUGGGUUUUGUGUAUUACAUCACGGUUUUCAUUUUCAUUGAAGAUUGGAUUGGGUUACAGAGCUCUUCUGGCUCUUUAAACGCUGUGAUCUUCACUUUCUUAGCUGUUUCCAGCCUUUUCUCUUUCUCUGUUUGUGUUCUCACUGACCCAGGUCAUGUCCCACCUUCUUAUGCGCCUGAUGUUGAACAAAGUGGUAUCUCAGAUGAAGAAACCAAGGCAAAAAUUGUACAAUCGAAGAUCUGUGACAGGUGUUCCACAUACAAACCUCCCAGGGCUCACCAUUGCCGAGUCUGUAGAAGGUGUGUUUUAAGAAUGGAUCAUCAUUGUCUAUGGGUGAAUAACUGUGUUGGUUAUUGGAACUAUAAGGCUUUCUUUAUGCUCAUUUUCUAUGCAACAAUUGGAAGCAUCUACUCUACGAUCAUAGUCAUUACAUGUUCAUUUCAAAAGGACUUCAAUGGACACGCCCCACUCAAGGUUUUUUAUGUUACUUGUGGAUUUAUGAUGGCUGCCCUGAGCUUGACGCUUGGUACUCUCUUCGGUUGGCACAUCUACCUCAUUAUCCACAACAUGACAACCAUAGAGUAUUAUGAAGGAAUACGCGCAGCAUGGAUGGCUAAGAAAUCUGGGCAAAACUAUCGUAAUCCAUUCGACCUCAAUGCAUACAAAAACAUUACUUUGGUCUUAGGCCCAAACAUGCUAAAAUGGUUGUGUCCCAAUGCAGUAAGCCAUCUGAAAGAUGGCCUUACUUUUCCUGUUUCACGUGAUAAUUCAUAGACAGCUCCUCUCAAACUUCAGGAUCAUCAUACUAAUCUCCGUGAAUAUUAGCAAUAUAAGACAAAUCCACUUGAUGCUACUGAAUGACAAGGUUUUCAUAUCAAGAAAUCGAGGAGUUCAAGUUCACAAAAUUCACGAUGAUGUUAGAUAAUGUUGGUGAGAAACAAGGUAGACGCCCACUGUUUUUUACCAUAUGCUUGCGAGAGUAACCGAAUUUAUUUAUUGCAACACUCAGAUUGGUUAGGAAUUGUACAUUCAAAUUGCAACUUAUAGUAGAUAAUGUUUAGUCACUUAAAUUGAAUUCUUAUUCUUAUACUGAUUACAUUCCCAGGAAAGGAAAAAAUAAGUUGGUUUCA